AUGCCGCAGCGGUUCCAGAUCUCCCUGCCUACUGAGGCCAGCACCUGGGUGAAGUUGCCCCAUCCAAAGAAGGCCGAGGAGGGGCCGCCCCGGAGGGAGGAUGUGACUAAAUUGUUUAAACAAGAAGUUCUUUUAUCUCAGGAUACUGAUGUGACCCAGGGAGAAGGUUUAGAGGAUGAAGUGACCCCUGAGCCCCUGACAGCAGAAUCCCAGGAACUGUUAACCUUCAAGGACAUAUCUGUGGACUUCACCCAGGAGGAGUGGAGGCAGCUGGCCCCUGCCCACCGGAAUCUGUACCGGGAAGUGAUGCUGGAGAACUAUGGCAACCUGGUCUCAGUGGGAUACCAGCUUUCCAAACCUGGUGUGAUUUCCCAGUUGGAGAAAGGAAAAGAACCAUGGCUGAUGGAGGGACAGAAUGUAGGAUGUCUAAGUUCAGGCUUGAAGAAUAAAACAGAAACCAAAGAGUCAAUCUUAAGUAAGGACAUCUCGUGGAAAGAAUUACACCAUGGCCUGAUGACAGAAAGGUCUCCAAGAGGAAGCACCUUGUAUCACACAUUGGGAAGAGUCUCCAAAUGUGAUAAUUUAGAAAGCAAGCAGGAACAACAAGAAAUGGCUGAGGGGAAAAGCCCCUUGAGCUGUAAGAAAGCUUGCACUCAGGAGAGAGGCCAAGCAUCUAACAGAUUUGAGAAAGGAAUUAAUGUGAAUUUAAAAGUUAACCCAGGACCAACAAGUCGUUCAAGAAAAAGAGGCCGUAAAUAUGACACAUCUGGAAAAAGAAGUAGAUACAACUUAGAUUUAAUUCAUCAUUCAAGGAGUUACACAAAAAAGAAAACUUUUGAGUGUAAUAUUUGUGAAAAAAUCUUCAAACAGCUCAUUCACCUUACUGAACACAUGAGAAUUCAUACUGGAGAGAAACCUUUCAAAUGCAAGGAAUAUGGAAAAACCUUUAGUCAAAGUUCAUCCCUUAUUCCACAUCAGAGAAUCCAUACUGGUGAGAAACCUUAUGAAUGUAAGGAAUGUGGGAAAACCUUCAGACAUCCUUCAUCCCUUACUCAACAUGUUAGAAUUCAUACUGGGGAAAAGCCCUAUGAAUGUGAGAUAUGUGAGAAAGCCUUUAGCCAGAGCAUUGGACUGAUCCAACACCUGAGAACUCAUGUUAGAGAGAAACCUUUUAUAUGUAAAGACUGUGGAAAAGCAUUUUUCCAGAUUAGACAUCUUAGGCAGCAUGAGAUUAUUCAUACUGGUGUGAAACCCUAUAUUUGCAACGUAUGCAGUAAAACCUUCAGCCAUAGCACAUACCUCACUCAACACCAGAGAACUCAUACUGGAGAAAGACCAUAUAAAUGUAAGGAAUGUGGGAAAGCCUUUAGCCAGAGAAUACACCUUUCUAUCCAUCAGAGAGUCCAUACUGGAGUCAAACCUUAUGAAUGCAGUCAUUGUGGAAAAGCCUUUAGGCAUGAUUCAUCCUUUGCCAAACAUCAGAGAAUUCAUACUGGAGAAAAACCUUAUGAUUGUAAUGAAUGUGGAAAAGCCUUCAGAUGUAGUUCAUCACUUAUUAGACACUGCAAAACACAUUUAAGAAAUACCUUCAGCAAUGAUGUGUGA